GCAGCGAAGGAGAAGAAGGAAGGAAGGAAGGCAGGGAGGGCGGCAGGGGAGCAGAGGCCCAGGUUUAAGGUGGUGCAGGUCCUUUGCAUUGUUUGAAGGAUUCAGGCAACAAAAGGGUGACCUUUCAUUAGUGCCAGCCUUCCCUUUGAUUCUGGGGAUUUAUUACCGGAGGUGGUUCUGUUUACCAUGGAGAAAUAUGAAAAGAUUAGCAAGAUUGGCGAAGGCUCCUACGGAGUUGUCUUCAAGUGCCGGAACAAGGACUCCGGGCAGAUCGUUGCGAUCAAGAAGUUCCUGGAGUCAGAAGAUGAUCCGGUUAUCAAAAAAAUUGCACUUCGAGAGAUCCGAAUGUUAAAGCAACUGAAACAUCCCAACCUAGUCAACCUCCUGGAGGUUUUUCGGCGAAAACGGAAACUUCACCUGGUCUUUGAAUAUUGUGACCACACGGUGCUCCAUGAACUGGACAAGAACCCGCGUGGAGUCCCAGAGCAUCUUGUGAAGAGUAUAACUUGGCAGACUCUUCAGGCAGUCAACUUUUGCCAUAAACACAAUUGCAUACACAGAGACGUGAAGCCAGAGAACAUCCUCAUCACAAAGCAUUUUGUCAUUAAACUCUGUGACUUUGGAUUUGCUCGCAUCUUAACCGGACCCAGUGAUUAUUACACGGAUUACGUGGCUACCAGGUGGUACCGUUCCCCUGAGCUCCUUGUAGGGGAUACACAGUAUGGGCCUCCCGUGGAUGUCUGGGCCAUUGGCUGUGUCUUUGCUGAGCUGCUCUCGGGGAUCCCUCUGUGGCCGGGGAAAUCUGACGUGGACCAGCUUUACCUGAUCCGGAAAACAUUGGGUGAUCUCAUUCCUAGGCAUCAGCAAGUCUUCAGCACCAACCAGUUCUUCAGUGGGGUCAGGAUCCCGGAUCCAGAAAGCAUGGAGCCUCUGGAAAUGAAAUUCCCAUCCAUUUCCUAUUCUGCCCUAGGACUCAUGAAGGGCUGCCUCCACAUGAAUCCAGCCGAAAGGCUGACAUGCGAGCAACUCCUUCAGCAUUCUUACUUCGACAGCAUCCGGGAGGUAGAGCUUGGGAGGGAGUGUGAAAGGUCAAUGGCGCGGAAACCAAGCCGGCCAAUUCGAAAACACAUCCCUGGGUACCUGCCCCAGUUAACCAGCAGCAACAUUUUACCUGCUUUGGAUAACAAGAAGUACUACUGCGGGAUGAGAAAACUGAGCUACCGUUUCCCUAAUAUCUAAAAGAAACAGGCCCUGUGGCUAAACUGGAUUGAACAUUAACAGACUUGGGCUCUGAAAGGGGAAGUGAAAUGGAAAUGGAAAUGUAUUGGGUAUACACAGACGCGAGCCAUGAAGUUCUUACUCUAAUUGGGGCAAGCUUUGAAAGAAAAUCUCUGCCGCAAAAGAGGGAGUGGAGCAUCUGAAGAUUUGGAGAGGCUUGUGGUUCAAUUGAAAAUAUAGCUAUUUGGGACUUAGAAGUUUGUUUGUUUGUUUGUUUGUUUGUUUGUUUUGUGCAGAUGGAAAUGGAAUUGUAUCUAUAAUAUACAGAAUUAUUAUAUGCUUGCAAACAUGUACCAUUUGGGGCAGCAGUUCUUAGCUUCUGCAGCCUGUUACAGAAGCAGCUGAAGUAGAAGUUGAUUCAAAUAUGCCAAAUACAUGUCAUUCACAAAAAUCCUUUUGUGUCAAAUUAGGAGACAGACAGAGGAGAGCUGGUUUAUAUCAUUAGCAGCAUCAACUUGGCCAAUCCUGCAAAUGCAGCUAUACAGGUGAAGAGCUAGUUUUGUGCAAUGAGGCUUGAGAACCAGGAUGUUACUGAUUGCCAUCUCCAAGAUAAUUUCCCUAGAGUUUUUCCAAGCAAAAAACUAUUUUGACCCUUUACUACUAGAUCUUGUGUUUGAUUCUGAAGUAUGAACUGGUAAUAACAGGAGGAAAUAUUUUUCCCUCUCCAUAUGAUGAAAGGAAAGGGUUAGUUGAAUCAUAAAUGCUAAAUUGAAACCGUUUGCUCCUGUGUACAUACAUUUCACCUGAAACCAAGUCUUAUUUUGUGAAGUGGGACUUAUUUGCAAAUGAACACGCACAGGACUGCAGCCUAUGGAAUUCAUCAGCAUUGGGAGUAGCCUUAAAUUUGCUUUGUCUUUGUACAGAGGGAGAACCAAAGACCAUGUUAAAGAAAUCUCUAUGUAUCUUGUGUUUGCAGGAUCAGCAGGUUAUCACAGAUGGUUUCAGCCAAGUUUUGCUGUGCCGUUUCUGGCUAAUAAUUUGGUUUGUUACCUCCAUUCCUUAUGGAGGGGAUAAUGAACUGUAUGUUACUUUGGACUGUUUGUAGCUCAUCCUUUACCGAUUCUCUUUCUAUCUUAAAAUUAGUUGUUCUUCAGAAGCUGUUGUUCACUUCUAAGUAACUGCUUAAAAAACCCAUGUUGGCAAGAGUAUCAUAAUGCUGUUUUCUAAAACCUUUUCCAACCUGACACCCUCCAGAGCUGUUGUACUACAAUACCCAUCACCACGUCAGCCAUUGGUGUGAUUCAAAGAAAUGUAAGCACUAGAUGACUUUAUUCACCUAUGGCUGCACUGUGAGCAACUCAAGACAACCUGCAUACUAUUUUAUGCGGUGCUCGAUGACCAGUUGACUAAUGCUUGAUGUAACUUCAUCUGUGCAUUGUUCCAGAUGUAACUAAAAAUCUGUUCUUGU